UGUGCGACAUGUAGCAUCCUGGCAUGGCCAAAUACAUGUCAUCAUCAUCAGAAUUGACAAUGACGAAGAAGAACUGAUAGUCAGCCUUAUCGGAUAUCAAUAUUUGCCUCGACUCAAACUACCAUGGCGGCAGCAGCACGGACACUCAGCACCUGCAUAUUUUGCAAGAUCGUCAAGGGCGAAAUCCCAAGCUUUAAGAUCAUCGAGACAAACUUUUCGUACUCAUUCCUUGACAUUGGCCCCCUCUCCAAGGGCCAUGCUUUGAUUAUCCCUAAAGACCACGCGGCAAAGCUCCACGAGCUCCCAGAUGAAUACCUCGCGGAUGUGAUGCCCAUCGCGAAGAAGAUCGCCACUGCACAAGGGCUCGAGAACUACAACAUCCUUCAGAAUAACGGCCGCAUUGCACACCAGGUUGUCGACCACGUACACUUCCACGUCAUUCCCAAGCCUGAUGCCUCAGACGAGGAGGGACUCGUCAUCGGGUGGCCCGCGAAGUCCAACUUCGUAGAUGAGGUGAAGAAGUAUCACGAAGAACUCCUUGGAAAGCUAUAAAGCGCAUCCGUGCUGCACCCGAGUUGGCGAUAAACAAUAACGAAACUGGAAGGAAAGCUAAUAACUGAAUUCGCAAUUAAAUUAUAUUCUGUCUCCAUCUGACU